GAUGCAGCGAGGUUUCUUCUCCUUUCUUUUCCUUCUAAUAAUACUUCUCGGCCAAUGCCGUAUAACCAACACGCAGUUUAUUGUGUCGUAUUCCUGCAACAUUUUUCCUGAUCGGCACAGGGUUCUGAUCUUUUGUUUUUCCCCAAACUUCAGUUUUUUAUUCGAUAUUCUUUACGGAUUCCUCUUUUCUUUUUCUCAUACCCUGGUUCAGCUCCUGCAACUGUAGAUCUCGUACAUCAUCUGUAUGUGAUUACGCGCAGCUCCUGAUUACAUUAUCCUGCCCGUAAUUCUUUCAUACAUUAUGAUAGACACAGCCUCAAAGCAAGCCGAGGUAGCUGCCCAACAGCUUCCCUCCGGGAAGCGAGACGAUGCAUUGCGAUAUCUUGAAGAACACAAUGGCAUCAGCUCUGCAGAGGUUGAUGCAGUAAAUCUCAAGGCUCUGCGGACGAAGGUGGACUGGCACAUUGUGCCAUUGAUGUUUUUGUGCUACUUCUUCCAGUUCAUUGACAAAGUCAUUAUCAACUAUGCUGCUGUAAUGGGAAUUUCGGCUGAGUUAAAGCUCGUCGGUAACGAUUUCACGAAUGCUAGCACCUCAUUCUUCAUCGCCUACUUGAUCGCAGAAGUCCCAAACACACUCCUCUUGCAAAAAAUCCCCGCCGGAAAAUGGCUCGGCUUCAAUGUCAUCGUUUGGGGCAUAGCUGUCGCUGCUACUGCUGGAGUCAAGGGCUACACCACUCUAGUCGUAGCACGUGUAUUUCUGGGCUUAUUUGAAGCUACUAUCGGUCCUUCCCUGAUGAUUAUAAGUAGCCAGUACUAUACGAAAAAGGAGCAAGCACCACGUUUUAGUUUCUGGUAUCUUGGCCUUGGCGUUGCUCAAAUCAUUGGUGGUUUGAUCUCUUUCGGCUUUCAGCACGUUCACCAUGCCUCUAUCAGCGGCUGGCGUAUUAUGUUCAUUGUUCUCGGAAUAGUCACUUCGAUUGUCGGAGCAGCUGUGUUCUUCCUUAUUCCGGAUACUCCAAUGAAGGCCCGCUUCUUGACCGAGGUCGAGAAGGUCGCCCUUCUGAGACAUGUCAGCGAAAACAAGACCGGCGUUUGGAACAACAAGUUCAACUACGAAGAGAUUAUUGAAGCUAUCUUCGAUGUACAGGUAUGGUUGUUGACGUUGAUGGUCGUCCUGCAAUCUGUCUCAUCCGGCGUCGUCACAACAUACUCUUCCACUCUCAUCCGCAACAUGGGUUUCAGCCCUAAAAAUGCUGCUCUUUUGAACAUGCCCAGUGGUUUCGUUAGCAUCGUUUCCACGUUGGCUGUUGGUAUUGGUAUUCGCAGAGCGGAUCAUCGUUGGGCCUGGGUCGCCACGUGCAGUAUUCCAGGAAUCAUCGGUGGUGGCUUGAUGUCGUUUCUACCGAAAAGUAACAAGGCAGGUUGCCUAAUUGGUAUUUACCUCGUCAAUGCCAUUGUUGCUCCUCUUCCCGUUAUCUAUCAUUGGACUGCAGCGAACUGUGCUGGAUACACCAAGCGCGCUUUUUGCAGUGCUCUCGUUGCUGGUUCCUUUUCCAUCGGUAACAUCAUUGGACCUCAAACAUUCCAGGCGCGCGACGCGCCGGACUAUCACCCUGCUAAGAUUGCGGUUCUUGCCACCCAGGCUGCGGCUGGAGUUCUGGCUGUUGUACUGUUUGGCUAUUAUAUCUGGGAAAAUAAGCGUAGGGAUGCGCGCAGCGCUUCCGAGCCAGUGGUUGACACGUCAAGUGAGGACUACAAGGCAGAGGCUUGGUCCGGAAUGACAGACAAGCAAAAUCGCAGUUUCCGCUACGUCUACUGACGCGGGAGUCUAUAUCUUCUACAUGUUCAAGAUGAUGCUUGUUCAAUGAUUAUCAGAUAUGACUACAUAUCAGGGUGGCCUUCCUCUUCCAUACCUGGGUAGGUAUUACUUUAUUCGUGUUUCAAAAUUUCAAACGUCCAUAGGAUUUCCAUGGUAGAUACAUACAAUCCAUAGAAGCCAAUAUGUGUGAGACAUAGCACAUCACUACUCUUAAUAAUGCAUGUUUAAUAUUCUAGGAAAGGUAUAUACGAUCAGAUACUUUCUGU